CCGAGAAUCCAGUACUUGUCACUCGAUUGGAAUACGUCUGCUCCAACAUUUCACGUCUAAGGAAUUAUCUCAAUAUAGUUAACAAGAUGGCCCUGCCGCAAAAGCACUUUAAACGAGGUUCCCCCAAACCGGAAAUCCCCGAGGAUGGCGUCCUGCGUUACUACACGAUGCGAUUCUGCCCGUACUCCCAGAGGGUGAACCUGGUGCUGAACGCCAAGAAGAUUCCCCACCACACGGUGUACAUUGAUUUGAGCGAGAAGCCGGAGUGGUACAUUGACUACAGUCCAUUGGGAAAGGUGCCAGCCAUCCAGUUGCCCCAACUGCCAGGACAGCCGGCUUUGGUUGAAUCGCUGGUGAUUGCCGAGUACCUCGAUGAGCAGUAUCCCGGCGAAGGACCCCUUUUCCCCAAGGACCCGCUGCAGAAGGCCCUGGACAGGAUCCUCAUCGAGCGUCUGGCUCCGGCAGUCAGUGCCAUCUAUCCGGUGUUCUUCACCAAGGACCCGCCAGCCGAUGCCAUUCCCAACUUUGAGAAGGCUUUGGAUGUUUUCGAGCAGGAGAUUACCAAGCGGGGAACACCCUACUUCGGUGGCGCCAAAAUCGGCAUUGUGGACUACAUGAUCUGGCCCUGGUUCGAGCGAUUCCCUGCUCUCCAGUACACCCUUGACAGCAAGUACCAACUGGACAAGACGCGCUACAAGAACCUGCUGCAGUGGCGCGAUCUUGUUGCUCAGGAUGAGGCUGUCAAAGCCACUACUUUGGAUCCCCGCAUCCAUGCCAAGUUUAUGCGAACCCGUCAUGAGGCCAAGCCCGACUACGACAUUGCUUUCGAGCCGCUGUAGAGGAGAGGGACUCCUAAAAACUUACCCUUGCAAUUUAUUAAGUUAUUAAAAUCAAAACUAAAACGAUUCUUUAUGUGGCAGGAAACCUUUAAACUGUACUUAUGAUCAGGAUUAGCUUAAAGCAACUGUAUAACAGAUAUAUACUCCUUAGCCAGAUAAAGGAAACAUAAAUAACCUCUAA